AACUCAUCGACAUCUAGUACUACGUAUCUGUCUACUUGAACGGCCGAAGUGUCCAACGCCCGGCUAAGUUGCCGACUCACUUCACGGCGUCUCCCGCCGGCCAGCUCCAGGACGCAGCACGUUGUCUCCUUCUCGCCUCACGCCCGUCACCCGGUCGCCUGCACUCCGCCAUUUACCGGCCCUUCGGUGGUUCGGCCAAUCCGCCCUUCUCAAUAGUCACCUUCCGACCUUCCGUAGUCCCGAUCUGCCAAACGAUGGAGUUGCUUAAGAUAUGCAAAAUAAGCUACUUUCAAUGAGUAGAAGUUCUCCAUCUUGAAGUAGCUUAAAGUAGCUUGAUGAAGGUUCCGUGUGCUCUUUGCUCGUUAUAUAUACUACUCCGUAUAUACAUAUAUAUGGUCUUAUACUCUUAUCCUGCACCAAGACAAUAAAUACCGAGUAUGUGGUAUUGGUAAUUUCAAUAGUCAUUUUGAAGAUCACUCCAAUUUAUUACGGAGUAUUAUUCUCUUUUGUAAAAAUUGUGUUUUAGUGGGAUUCUAUAAGUCACUUCAAUUAUUAUUCUACAAAUUGUACUCCGUAUAUACUAUAUAGUUGGGAAUUUAAAAAGUUACUUCAAUUAUUGCUCUAGCAUUUAUUAUUCCUCUACUCAAUAAAGCUUUUUUAGUAUUCUGUGCGGUUGUCUUCUAAUACCUUUUAGGAGUGCUAACGUAGAAUUGCUUUAAAGAUGGUGCACUAUCCCGCCCAAAAUCCCGCCAAAACUCCCCCACACUUUUCUGUUUUACUAUAUAAUAUAGAUUUCUGCCUCACCCAGUCACGUACCCCGCCCCAGCCCCGCGCCCCACCCGCUUUGCGGCCUGGUAGUUCUUCUCACUUCUCAGCUUCUCGGAGUUUUGGCUGCCAUCUGCAGUUCAGCUCAUCGGCUCAACAACCCCAGCGGCCUAGUAGGUUUUCAUUUGCCAAUCCUGAAACCAUAAAAGCUGCCUUGAAAACCUAUUUGGAAGAACGAUUUAGAAACAUACAAUAAAGCUUCUAAUGGAAAGCAGCAAUGGAAGUACAACUGGAGGCAGAGAGUGGAUGGCUGAGGAUGCCAUUGCUGGAAAUGCAGAGGCGGUCCGUGCUCUUCGGGAACUCAUUAUGUAUCCACUCCUGUAUUCUCAAGAGUCUCAAAAGAUUGGCCUCAAAUGGCCUCGUGGCUUGUUGCUCUAUGGUCCACCUGGUACUGGAAAGACAAGUUUGGUUAGAGCAGUUGUUCAAGAAUGUGGAGCACAUUUGACUGUUAUUAGCCCACACAGUGUCCAUAGAGCACAUACUGGAGAAAGCGAGAGAGUUUUGCGAGAAGCAUUUGCAAAAGCAUCGUCUCAUGCAAACCUUGGGAAGCCAUCUGUUAUCUUUAUAGACGAAAUUGAUGUACUAUGCCCUCGUCGUGAUUCUAGAAGAGAACAAGAUGUACGUGUAGCUUCUCAGCUCUUUAUGUUGAUGGACUCUAAUAAGUCCGUUUCAACAUCUGGAUUACAUGUUGUUGUAGUGGCAUCAACUAAUAGGGUUGACACACUCGACCCGGCUCUAAGAAGAUCUGGGCGUUUUGAUGCUGAGAUUGAAGUCACAACCCCUAAUGAAGAUGAACGCUUUCAUAUCCUCAAUCUUUACACUAAGAAGCUUCCAUUGGACCCCAGUGUUGACCUGCAGUCAAUCGCUGCCUCUUGUAAUGGCUAUGUUGGGGCAGAUUUAGAAGCUUUAUGCCGCGAAGCUACUAUGUCUGCUGUCAGACAAUCUUCAGAAUUAGAUCAAGUAGAUUGCUCUUGGAACAUAACAGUGGAUGACUGGAGGCAUGCCAAAUCUAUUGUUGGUCCUAGUAUAACAAGAGGUGUAGUUGUGGAAAUUCCAAAGGUUUCUUGGGAGGAUAUUGGAGGACUACAAGGCAUAAAGAAAAAGCUACAGCAAGCUGUAGAGUGGCCGUUAAGGCAUUCUGAAGCAUUUGCGCAGUUGGGAGUAUCACCUCUUCAUGGCAUCCUUCUUCAUGGACCUCCAGGGUGCUCUAAAACCACCCUUGCAAAAGCUGCUGCUCAUGCUGCACAGGCUUCCUUUUUUUCGUUGAGUGGUGCAGAAUUGUAUUCAAUGUAUGUCGGUGAAGGUGAAGCUUUGUUGCGCAAUACAUUUCGAAGAGCUCGACUUGCAGCACCAAGCAUUAUUUUCUUUGAUGAAGCUGAUGUCAUUGCUGCCAAACGUGGUGGAAGUUCUAGCAGAAGCAGCCUUGUUGGGGAGAGACUUCUGUCUACUCUUUUGACUGAAAUGGAUGGCCUGGAGCAAAUGAAGGGGAUUCUUGUUUUAGCUGCAACCAAUCGCCCUCAGGCAAUUGAUGCUGCACUUAUGCGACCUGGGCGCUUCGAUCUGGUUCUCUAUGUGCCGCCACCAGAUUUAGAAGCUCGAUGUGAGAUCCUUCGUGUGCAUACACGUAACAUGAAGUUAGAUGCCGAUGUUGACAUUAGGCAAGUAGCUGAGAAUACGGAUCUCUACACAGGGGCAGAGUUGGAAGGGCUGUGCAGAGAAGCCGGAAUUGUUGCUUUAAGAGAAGAUAUUUCAGCCACUGUUGUGUGUGAUCGACACUUCCAAACCGUCAGGCAGUCACUAAAGCCAGCGCUCACCCAGGGAGAAAUUGAAUCAUAUUCCUCCUUUAUGAAGAAGGAGAAGGAGAAGAACCCAUCUCUCUGUUCUUCUAGUACACUUGAAUCCUCCAGCUACAAUCAGAGCAGCAAGACAAGUCGGCAUCUUUUGAUGAGUCCUGCUCUUAGAAUCUGUAUUUUUAGUGUAGUUUUGUAUGUUGCUGCAAUUUAUGCGUUCACACCGGCCGUUCUAUUGUCUAAAGAACUAAGAAGUACUUAGAAUUUGGUACUGGAUCUAUGCUCAUUUUAAAAUGCUACAUCAAUGCAUACUACAAAAGUAUCGUAUUACAUAAGAUUUGCGUAGGAGUUGAUUAUGGAUACUAGAUCGAGCACAUACCUGGAUACUCUAUUGCAUGUUUCUAAUAUUCAAUACAAGAGAUUUGAUGUUCAAUGAAAAUUUCUUGAUGCUCAAUAAAAAAAAUUUAUG